AUGGAAAGUAUGCGCAUUGUUCACCAUUAUGGACUCGAAGCCGGCCGUGAGAAGCCUUUAUACUCCUACUAUUGUUUAGUCGAGAAUGAGCAGAAAAACGGAUAUCCGGUUCAAUCACGAAUAGCCGGACACAAUGAGCGAUUCUCCAAAGCAACUCUGGCUCUCGAGAUAGAGCUCCGUACGCCAAACCCUCAGUCCUACGAUCAACCCCCUCCAUCCUAUGACGAUGCUAUCAAAGACUUGCCUCCAGAUUACUCUACACUUUCACCGUUAGCCAAACAGAAAGAUUUGUGUGGUGACUGCACGCCCUCGAUAGGAACAAAAUAUUCUACAGUUAGAUCUAAGUCCCCUCUGAUCGUUUUAGAUCGUCCAUUUGGCAUACAGGAACAUAAGGGGGCAGGCAAGAAGAAGAAAGGAAAGCAAGCCGCACAACAGAGUACUCCACCACCGAAUGACGACGGUGACAAAAGCCCACCCCCUGAUGAAAACCAGAAUGGUGGGGACAGUGGAAGCAACGGGGAUGGGUCGGGAGGUGGGAAUGGGGACAACGGUGGUGACGGAGGCGGCGGCGAUGGCGGAGACGACGAUGGUUGGGGAGAUGCGUGGAAUACAACCAGCAAGAAAAAAGACAAGAAGAAGAAGAAAGAGGAAGAAGAGCGACUAGCCAAAGAAGAAGAGGAGCGGAAGGCCAAAGAGGAGGAGGAGAAAAAGGCCGCAGAAGAAGCAGCAGCUAAUACUAAUAACGAUGAUCUUAGUUGGGCGAACGAUGGUACUGGAAACGGCGAUGAUUCGUGGGCGGACUUUGCGCCUGCAGGGAAGAAGAAGAAUAAAAAGAAGGAUCAAAGUGCUACUCUGAUUGACACCGACCCCCCUUCCAAUUCUUUUCAGGAUAUCAAUUUAGGUGGCAAUACAUCUCCACCAAAUCUAAGCCUAGAUCCCCUUGGAGGCAAAUCUACUGGCGGGGGCCUGGAUCUUGGCGGAUGGGAUAAAAGUUGGAAUACAGGGAGUAAAUGGGGUCUCGACUCUCUUGGUGGCUUGAGUGGGGACAAGACACAGAAUACCAACCCAUGGUCAUUUGGCUCAGCGGCUGACCCAUUGAAUGCUCCAGUCGGAUUUGGCUUUGGCUUUGGAGCCCCUCCUGGUCCUAGCAAUGGAGAUAUCAGCACCCAAGAAAAGAAGGAUGACUGGGGCUUCCUGGAUACUAAGAAGACCACCGAACCAGAGCCGGAGAUAGCUGAUGACGAUGAUUGGGGCUGGGGCGUCCCAACUAAAAAGAAAGACAAGAAAAAGAAGAACGGUGCUCUCCUUGAAGAGUUAGAACCAGUAGUGGAAACUUCUCCAGUUGUCGCAGAUCUAGCGCCGGAGCCUAUCCCUGAGGAGAAAAAAGAGGAGGAUGACUGGGGAGGCUGGAAUACCUCCACACAGGAGAAGAAAAAGAAGAAGGGCAAAGGUGCAGAGCCCGAGCCCGAACCGGAACCCCCAGCACAAGCUGAGCCAGAGCCUGCACCAGAACCAGCACCAGAGCCUAAGCUGCCUGAUGAUCCACUUUACAAUAAUUGGGACACACUAUCAUCUAAAGACCGAAAGAAACGAGAGAAGUCUCUUGUCAAGAAAGGUCUUCCUAUACCUGGUAAGGACUUUGAAUGGCCACCACGUGCGCCAGCCGCACCUGUCGAAGAACCCGCGAAAGAUCCUGAGCCAGAACCCCAACCGGAACCUGAGCCUGAACCAACGCCUGAGCCUGAGCCAGAGCCGGUAGCUGAACCUGAACCAGAGCCAGCCCCGGAGCCAGAGCCCGCAGCCCCAGAGCCGGAACCAGAACCUGAAGCUAAACUGCCAGAUGACCCACUCUAUAAUAACUGGGACAUUCUUUCAUCAAAAGACAAAAAGAAACGUGAGAAGUCCUUGAUAAAGAAAGGCCUCCCAAUUCCCGGGAAAGAUUUUGAGUGGCCACCACCUGCACCUGCACCUGCCGUGGAAGAGCUAGCACCAGAACCAGAACACCAACCAGAGCCUGAACCUGUUGUUGAGCCAGAACCGGAACCUGCGGCUACACCCGAACCACAGCCAACGCUAGAACCGGAGCCAGUAGCUGAUCCAGGACCCCCAGCCGAGCCAGAACCACAACCUGUGUCCGAAGCUAAACUGCCAGACGAUCCACUCUAUAACAAUUGGGACGAUCUUUCAUCUAAGGACCGGAAGAAGCGCGAGAAAUCAUUGACCAAGAAAGGCCUCCCAGUUCCUGGUAAGGAUUUCCCUUGGCCACCGCCCACGGCACCAGAGCCUGUAUUAGCGGAGCCGGCAGCAGAACAAAUAGUAGAAGAAGUUCCUGAACCAGUGGCGGAACCAGAGCCUGAACCAGCACCAGAACCAGAGCCGGUACUUGAACCUGAACCUGAACCUGUGCCGGUACUUGAUCCAGAACCACAACCUGCGCCCGAAGCUAAACUACCAGAUGACCCUCUGUACAAUAAUUGGGACGAUCUUUCCUCUAAGGAUCGGAAGAAGCGCGAGAAAUCACUGAUGAAGAAGAGCUUGCCAAUUCCUGGCAAGGAUUUUGCCUGGCCACCACCACCACCACCGGAGCCAGUGGCAGAUGAACCUGUACAGGAGCCAUCGCCAGAACCGGAGCCGGUACUUGAACAUGAGCCAGAGCUAGAGCCUGAGUCCAAACUUCAAGCUGAGCCUGAACCGCAACCAGAACCAAUUAUUUUGUCACUGCCAGAUAAUCCGCUCUACGAUAACUGGGACAAUCUCUCAGAUAAAGACAAGAAAAAGCGUGAGAAAUUGCUGAUAAAGAAGGGUCUACAAGUUCCAGGUAAGGAUUUUGACUGGCCACCACCUCCACCGCCGGAGCCAUUGGUGGAGGAGCCAGCACUGGAGCCAGGGCCAGAACCAGAGCUGGAGCCAGGGCCAGAACCAGAGCUGGAGCUUGAACCUGAACCUGAACCUGAACCUGAACCCGAACUGCAACCGGAACCGGAACCCAAGGCUCCAUCACUGCCAGAUGACCCGCUCUAUAAUAACUGGGACAAUCUCUCAACCAAAGACAAGAAAAAGCGAGAGAAAUCACUGAUAAAGAAGGGUCUGCCGGUUCCGGGCAAGGAUUUUGACUGGCCACCACCUCCACCGCCAGAGCCAUUGGUGGAGGAGCCCAUACAAGAUCCGACACAGGAGCCGGAGCUGGAACUAGAACCGGAAGCUGAGCCAGAACCGGAGCUCGUCCCUGAAGCCGUUCUUGAAGAGCCCGAGCCUCAAGCCGAGCCUGAACCAGAACCAGAACCAGAAUCCAAAGCUCCCGCACUGCCGGAUGAUCCACUCUAUAAUAACUGGGAUAAUCUCUCCUCCAAGGAUCGAAAGAAGCGAGAAAAAUCGUUAAUAAAGAAAGGUUUGCCUAUUCCUGGUAAGGAUUUUGAGUGGCCACCGCAAGCGGCACCUGUAGCAGAGGAACCCGUACAAGAACCAGAGCCAGAACCCACCCCUGAACCCGUUCCUGAGCAAGCCCCAGAGCCAGAGGUAAUCCCUGAACCGGUUACCGAAGAACCAGGUGACGAUAGCUGGGGCAUCUGGGCUCCUCAAAAGGAUAAGAAGUCUAAGAAGAGCAAGAUUAACGAUGAACCUCCACCGCCGGCGCCUACUCCACCUUCUUUGGGAUUUUCGCUUGAACCUGAUGGGUUUGAGAGUAUACCAGAGGAACCUCUUUGGGAUGAUUUUAGCACAAUGCCUUCUAAAAAGAAGGGCGUUGUUGCGGAGGAAACGCCGUCAAAGCCAGCCAGAGGGUUCUGGGCAAGCAUCGGAGCAGCAGCGAUGGGGAUGCCUAAGGCCACUAAAAAGAGGUCGGCAGAAAAGCCAAUAAGAGAGGCCGAACCCCAGCCUGAUCAGGAUGAUCUGCUUAUUGACGUAGGGGAUGCGCCGAGAGAGGCUGGUGCGGCUGACGCGGCUGACGCGCCAGUCGCAGAAGUCUUAGAACCUCAGCCAGCCGCGCCGCCAACAAAGACACCUGUUGUCACCUCAAAGACCAAGUCAUCAACCAAGAACUCUGUCGCAGAGCGCGUUAAAGUCCUUGAAGAGAAAAAGAAAGAAAAGUCCAAGGGAAAGUCGGCGGAAAAAUCAAAAGCGAAGGAGGUGCCGCCGCCGGUAGAAGAUCCUCUAGAACCUCCGCAGGAGCCUGAGCCGGAGCCGGAGCCAGAACCUGAACCAGUUAUAGAAAGAAGGAUUUUACGAGACACUGUACCAGGAAGCUUUCCAGACGCUUUUGACGACGAUUUCGAUGACCUCCCACCCCCUGUCCCAGACCCGCCAGCGGAGCCGGAGCCGGAACAAGAGCCAGAACCUGAAAGGCAGCCAGAAGUCGAGCUUGAGCCAGUAGUAUUGUCCAAGAAGGCCAAAAAGAAAGACAAGAAGAGAUCGAAGACUGCUAUUCCCGAGCCCCAGCCGCCUGCCCUAGAGCCUCCUGCACCAGAACUACCAACAGAGCCAGAGCCUGCGCCGGAGCCUGCGCCACCAGAAGAGGUUGUGUCUAUUGUUGAACCUGAGCCGGAACCAGUUCCUGAACCCAAGCCCGUACUACUACACAAAGCCGAAAAGAAGAAAAAGAAGGCUAAAGCGGUUGAACCCCAGCCCGAACCCGAACCUGAACCAGAGCCGGUGCCCCCACCCAAAGUCGAAAAGAAGAAAAAGAAGGCAAAAACGGUUGAACCCCAACCUGUGCCCGAACCAGAGCCGGAGCCAGAACCGGUGCGAGCGCUUGAUCCUGAGCCCGAACCUGAACCAGAGCCAGAGCCUGUACCCCCACCCAAAGUCGAAAAGAAGAAGAAGACUAAGCCAGUUGAACCUCAACCUGUGCCCGAACCAGAGCAGGAGCCAGAACCGGUGCGAGCGCUUGAUCCUGAACCUGCUCCUGUCAAUGUGCCGGAGCCGGAGCACGAGCCAGCGUUUGAGCCCGCUGAGCCGCCUGCCCCGGAGCCUGAAAAACCCAUGAAGAAAGUGAAGAAAAGUAGAAGGUCAGUGCCAGUUCCAGAACCACCACCGGCUCCUCCUGCAGAAACCCCAGUGGCCGAUGUUUCAGAGGAAGCUGCUGGGGGUCCUCCGACACCGCCACCUGAACCAGUUGCUACGGAGCGAGCGGCAAGGAAGGAGCGUCCGCGCGUUGAACGCGCACCUGGUAGCACGUCGUGGGAUAUGUGGGGUGCUGCACCCCCGCCGAGGAGGCCAGGCCAUAGGGAAGAUAGGCAUAGAAGAAGGGAGCAAUCACCUUCGGGAAUGGGAAGAUCAAAGUCCACUAGACACUCAAGGCCAAGGGAACCGGAGGAUGAGGUAGAGAGAUCGUCGGAACCCGAGAACGCCAGGCAACGGGAGCCUGCACACGAUCGGGCUGCGGCAUUCUCGAAUUUCAUUUUUGGCGCACCACCUCCGCCUACCAGAACGAAAUCUAGCAGGAGACAUGGCGAGUAUGCGCCAAGGCACACGUCACGGCGCCCACCUGGAGAUAUGGAUGACACCGGAUUCCCAUCGCCGCCACCGGAUGAGCAGUUCGAGAUGCCGGAUAAGGCUGCCCGCAUGAUGGGUGCUCCUCCAUCUGGGUCAAGACGGGAGAGACCACGUGGCUCUCGGAAAAGAUCUAGCGCUCGUGAUCCAUAUGCUAUUGACGAUGAAGACAUCGUCAUGGUUAAUCCGGAUGAUGCUGAAGGCGAGCCCAAGGCUCCCUCUAGAGAGUCACGCCAUUCGGAACGACGGUCAAGGAAGAAGUCACGAUCACGGCAGGGAGACUUCCAGGAUGAUGCUGUCAUGGUGGAUGCAGACCCAGCCCAGCAAAGUCCAGACAUUGUUUCCGGACCUGAAGACAUGGCAUUUGUGGAGGCUCCGAGGGAACGGCGUUUAAGGCGAUCGAAUACGGCCCCCAAGAAACAGGAGACUGGCGGUCUCAUGGGGUUGAUCGGAACAUUGCGUCAACACAUUCGCCCUGAACUGCCUGAACGUCAAAAGUCUGCGUCUUACCGGGAUGAGGACGCCAGGUACAUGACGGAGCCAGAGCGAGACGACGCACGGCGCCAGAGACGUGACGAGAGGAGAAGACGCGCAAUGAGACCGGACCCUGACCGUGAGGGCUAUGCUACAGAUGCUGGGCCGGCAAUGGAUGUCCCAGAGAUUCAGAUAGAGGAUGUCGAUGCCAGGAGAGAGGCGCGCAGAGCACGACGCGCUUCUCGACAAGGCGACAUUGAUCCGCAUCGAGACAGCGAGUUCCAAGAAGCCGAGGAACGACGGGCAAGAAGACGGGAAAGGCAAAGGGCUCGCGAGCAAGAGAUGCAAGAAAUGCAACUCCGAGAGGAAGAGGAGAGAGCACAGCGACGCCGAGAGGAGAAGAUGGCUCGCCGGGCUGCUCGUGAAGAGCGCCGUGCCCGGGAGGAGCAAGAAGCUCGAGAGGCGGAAGCUCAGGCACAGGAAGCCAGAGAAGCGGAGGCCCGCGAAGCCAAGGCUGCGGAACGCCGCGAGCGGAGGCGGCAGGAAAGGGAGGCAGCAAUGUAUGAGAACCCUGGGUACGACCCGAGAUCCAGAAAACGGCACUCGCAUAUGGAUGAUAGAGCCGCUAGGGACUUUUACAUGCAGGGCGGGGACCCGGACAGGGCCUAUCGUUCGCGCCGUCAUGGAGACGACGCUGAACACGCUAGACGUCGAAGGUCCAGGGCGCCUGAGGAGACGAGACCCGCACCGAUGAUGCCUGGACAGCGCAAAGACAAGACCUCGUCUUGGGUUAAUUCUCAAGCAAGUGAUCCCCCUGAACCACCUCCAGUUGUGCCGACUAUGUUAGACAUGCCGCCUGCUCCCGGGGAGCCCAUGGAUGGGGCGCACUCAAUCUCAUCGGACGAGGAGGCCCGACGCGACCUACGCCGGAAGGCAAGGAGACGGGCCCGAUACCCCGGACUCACGGAUCAGGAGAUUGACGAGGUGCGCUUGAAGAAACGCGAGGCUAGGAGGUCUGAGAGAGGACAGAAGAGCAGCUCGGGUAGUGCAGACUACGAGCGAGACCGUGGAAUGAGAUAUGACCGAUACGACCAACCACCUCCUAGCUCCGGCGGAAAGCUGCCUAAUUGGUUUAAGAAACUUACCAGCUUUUAA